UGUAACCAGAUACUGUCUCAGCAGAUCACGGCUUAAGCGCAACGGGAAGCUCGGGUUCUAGGGGUUUCGUACACGUACCGUUUCUCCGCCGUUAGUGUGAGACAGCUCGGAGGCGCCAUGCUGCCGGAUGAUGGAAGCGGAUCAAGAUGUGUCGGUUAGAGAGCAGCUUUUCCACGAGUGGGUCCGGGAAUGCAUUAUCUGCACCUUGCUUUUCACGGCUCUCUACCUCCUAUCAUACACGGUCAUCACCAAGUUCAAGAAGCAUGCUGACUUUACAACAGUUGAUGUUGAAGAUGCUGCCGUUAACAGGAUUGCGCUGUGGAUGUGUACUUUCACCCUGGCCGUGUCGGUGGGAGCAGUGCUGCUCCUGCCUUUCUCUAUCAUCAGUAACGAAAUCUUACUCUCCAUGCCUCACAACUACUAUAUGCAAUGGCUCAACGGCUCCCUCAUCCACGGCCUAUGGAACUUGGUGUUCCUCUUCUCCAACCUGUCAUUGGUAUUCCUAAUGCCAUUUGCCUAUCUCUUCACCGAGGCUGAAGGCUUUGCUGGCUCAAAAAAGGGAGUUAUGGCCAGGGUAUACGAGACUUCUGUAGUUCUCCUGCUUCUCACCCUCCUCGUUUUUGGUAUUGUCUGGAUCGCUUCUGCAGUCAUUGACGACGAUGCCGCUGGACGUGAAUCUCUUUACGAUCUGUGGGAAUACUAUCUACCAUACUUAUACUCUGGCAUCUCUCUCUUUGGUGUCCUGCUGCUUUUAUUGUGUACGCCUUUUGGUGUUUCCCGGAUGUUCUCCGUUACCGGAAAGCUGCUUGUAAAACCUACGCUUUUAGAGAACUUGGACGAACACCUGAGUUGCACAGCUUUUGAGGAAGCUGCCAUAUCACGCAAGAUAUCUGCUAAAGCAUCCUGCUGGUUGAACGUCAACAUGGAGGCACUGCAGAAAAGGCUGUUUGCCAUACAGAGCCACAGGAUAACACUCGAAAUGAGGAGACGAGCUUCACCAUGGCAGAGAAACCUGUUUUAUCCUCUCGCAAUGUUAUUACUUCUUGCACUCACAGGUAUUUGUGUGCUCAUUGUCUGCUUCCAUGUCUUGGAACUUCUCAUCGAUGAAGCGGCAAUGCCAAAAGGGAUGCAGGAUUCUCGACUUGGUGAGGUCUCUUUCUCAGUCUUUGGUUCAUUUGGAGCAGCCAUGCAAGUCAUCCUUAUAUUCUACCUUAUGGCUUCCUCUGUGGUGGGAUUUUACAGUUCACCCCUUUUUAUUCGACUCUUGCCACAAAAACAUGACACAACUAUGACCAAGAUUAUUGGGAAUUGCGUCUCUCUCCUCAUCCUCAGCUCUGCUCUUCCAGUUUUCUCCAGAACGUUGGGUAUCACCAGGUUUGAUCUACUUGGAGACUUUGGGCGUUUUAACUGGCUGGGAAACUUCUACCUGAUCUUUCUGUACAAUAUGCUGUUUGCUGGCCUCACCACACUUUGUCUCGUAAAGAAGUUUACCUGGGCUGUGCUAUCGGAGUUAAUCCGUGCAUUCGGACUGGAUAAAUUGCCCCUUUCAGUCAAUAAAACCUUCAAUCAAGGAAAAGCUUGAAUUUUCUGUUUUAUUCAAGAAAUCUUUCAAAACGACAGGCAACAUGGGGUAACUCAAGGUCUCUGAGUCUGUGGAUGGC